GCUCUCCCAGUUCUGAUGGGAUGGCAACCCUAACGAGCGAGCGGAGGGCUUUUGCGCACAAGAUCAACAGGACAGUAGCGUCUGAGGUCAGGAAGCAGGUUUCCCGAGAAUAUGGCUCUCCACAGAUGUCCAAAAAACGUGCUGGAGCUCAUCAGCCGAUGCCACUCACAGAGGUGGUGGAGCCAGUAGAUUUUGAGGAGUAUGUAAGCAGUCAUCCACCAGGAGCAGAGCCCGGAUGCCUGAGACAGCUGCUGGAUUUUCCCAGCGAUGAUCUGGAGCUGGUUCUGCAGGAGAGAGAGUGUGUGACGAUAGAGCCGCCUGUGCCUGAAGAGGACUCGCUGGACGCCAGAGUGAGAGAUGCAUUGAGUGUCUACACUGAUGACUGGCUCAUCAUCCAGAGAAAGUAUCAGAGAUACAGCACAACACAGACGCCUCACAACUCUGAACGGCAGAGAGAGAAGCAGAAAGGACUGGUCAAACAAACCUUUGAGCUGGAUGAGGCCUCAGCUGAUCGUCAGGAGGAGCAGGAUGACUCAAAGAGGCAGUCGGUGUCGCUGGAUGACACACCGCGUGGCAGCUGGGCCUCCAGUAUAUUUGACCUGAAGAACUCCACUCCCGACGCGCUGCUGCCCUCCGUGCUGGAGCGCACGGCCCCCGAGGACAUGGACCGCCGCAACGCCGAGAACCGCCAGCAGACCCGCCACACUGAUCUGCUGGGCCUUUACCCCGCACCGGAUGAGGAUGAAGCCGUGGAGAGAUGUGCCAUCCCGGAGGUGCCCAAAGAACACAGUGGCCAGAGAAUCAUGGUCAAGUGUUUGUCUCUCAAAUUUGAGAUUGAAAUUGAGCCAAUCUUCGGAACAUUGGCUCUGUAUGAUGUCAAGGAAAAGAAAAAGAUUUCAGAGGAUUUUUACUUCGAUCUGAACUCGGAUCAGAUGAAGACUUUGCUUCGCCCACAUAACCCCCAUGUAGCCAUCUCUACCCUGGCGCGAUCUGCUAUCUUCUCCAUCACAUACCCGUCCCCUGAGAUCUUCCUUGUCAUUAAGCUGGAGAAAGUUCUUCAGCAGGGGGAUAUCGGCGAAUGCUGCGAGCCGUACAUGGUCAUGAAGGAAUCCGAUUCCAUUAAGCAUAAGGAGAAGCUGGAGAAGUUGAGGUCACAAGCCGAGCAGAUGUGCACCAGGUUGGGACGGUUCCGGAUGCCCUUUGCAUGGACGGCCAUUCAUCUGCUUAACAUCGUGAGCAGCGUCGGAGGGCUUGAGCGCUCCGAUUCAGACUCAGAUACGGAACGUAAAGGGACGUGGAACGAGAGGAAGAAGAAAGGUUUUGAGAGGAUGAGUGUCGGAGACGACACGUGCAACUUCACCAACUUUCGUCCGGCCACUCUCACCGUCACUAAUUUCUUCAAACAGGCACGUGACAGGUUGAGCGAUGAGGACUUGUAUAAGUUCCUGGCGGACAUGAGGAGGCCAUCAUCUGUCCUGCGGCGACUCAGGCCUGUGACAGCUCAGUUAAAGAUAGACAUCUCGCCGGCCCCCGAGGCCCCUCACUACUGUCUGUCUCCGGAGCUGCUCCACGUGAAGCCGUACCCUGACCCGCGUGUACGGCCCACUAAAGAGGUGCUGGAGUUUCCCGCUCGCUACGUCUACACCCCUCACACCACCUACAGGAACAUGUUGUACAUCUAUCCCCAGUCUGUGAACUUCAACAGCCGGCAGGGAUCUGUGAGGAACAUCGCCGUGAAGGUUCAGUUCAUGGCAGGAGAAGACCCCAGCCAGGCCAUGCCUGUCAUCUUUGGAAAGUCAAGCUGUGCAGAGUUUUACAAAGAGGCGUAUACCCCGGUCAUCUACCAUAACAAGUCCCCGGAAUUCUACGAGGAGGUAAAGAUGAAGAUUCCCGCCAACCUUACGGAUAACCACCACCUGCUCUUCACUUUCUAUCACAUCAGCUGCCAGCCCAAGCAGAACACCCCCCUGGAGAUCCCCGUGGGCUACACGUGGAUCCCUCUUAUGCAGCACGGCCGUCUGCGCACCGGCUCCUUCAGUCUGCCUGUGUCUGUGGAGAAACCUCCACCCAGCUACUCCGUUCUCACUCCUGACGUUCAGCUACCAGGAAUGAAAUGGGUGGACAACCACAAAGGAGUGUUCAGUGUUCAAGUGUCUGCGGCAUCCUCUGUUCACACACAGGACCCACAUCUGGACAAGUUCUUCACUCUUGCGCAUGUUCUGGAAGAGUACUCAUUCCCGUAUCGAUUGAAGGACGUAAUAAUCACCGAGUCGAACGUGGAGGCGGAGCUUAAGGCCAGUAUGGCCGCUCUGAAGGGGGCGCUGCUGGACACGUGCGUGCGCUUUCUCCAUCAGCUGAUGAGCAAACUCAUACUGUUAAUCGUGCACCCGCCUGUCAUAGCGGGACAGAUCGUGAAUCUUGGCCGUGCUGCAUUUGAAGCCAUGGCCCUGCUGGUAAACCAGAUCCACAAAAACCUGGAAGGGAGCCAGGACAACCAGGGCCGCAACAAUCUGCUCUCCUCCUACAUCCACUACUGCUUCCAUCUCCCCACUACAGAGCCUUUGUCGCCCCCUCCUGUGGGAUCCGGGCAUUACGAGCUCCCUAUCCAGUACGCUACGCUCUCCAGAGCCACAGCGAGACCCAGCAGCCUUCUGCUGUCCCGCUCCAAGAGCAUCAGUAACUCCAACCCCGACCUGGCCUCCACGCCUGCCACCCCCGACGAGGAGGUACAGAGAAUCAUCGGCAACAAGGGGAUAGACCGCUCACAUUCCUGGGUAAACUCUGCUUAUGCUCCGGGGGGCUCCAGGGCCGUCCUCCGUCGGAAUCCAAACUCCAGCUGUGAGCUCAAGCAGGCCAGUGAGCGUGGAUGUAACCGCAUGUCUGCCUUCAUCGAGACCGCCUCCAUUCUCUGCCCCCCCUCAAGGCAGAUCGCCAAAAAGCUGCUUCAUGAAGAACUGGCUCUCCAGUGGGUGGUGAGCAACAGCAGCGUGAGAGAAGCAUCUCUGCAGCAGGCCUGGUUCUUCUUUCAGCUAAUGGUGAAGAGCAUGGCCCAUCAUCUGUUCCUGUCAUCACGAAUGGGCAUGCCCCGACGGCAGCGCUUUCCAGACCGCUUUGUGGAUGACAUCGCCGCCCUUGUGUGUGCGAUCAGCGCAGACAUAGCCAGCAGAUAUCACAAAGAUGUCGAACUGGUGGAAAGGUUAAACAGCAGUCUGGCCUUUUUCCUCAGUGACCUGCUUUCACUCAUGGACAGAGGCUUUGUUUUCAACCUCAUCCGCUCCUAUUAUAAACAGAUUAAUAAUAAACUGCACACAGCGCAGAAUCCGAGCACUUUAACCGCUCUUAGGAUGGACUUCAUGCGGAUCGUCUGCAGCCAUGAACACUACGUCAACCUCAACCUGCCCUGUGCCACACUCAGUCCUCCUGCUUCACCUUCACCAUCCACAUCCUCCACCACAUCUCAGAGUUCGGCUUUUUCGAGUCACGUUCAGGAUCAGGGCGUGGUCAGCAUGUUCGAGUUGUCUGUGCCCUUCCGCCAGCAGCACUUUCUCUCUGGUCUUCUGCUGUCUGAACUGUCACUCAUCCUCGAGCCGGACGGAGAGGGUUUGUUCUUCCUACACAAGAAAGCCAUUAGCGCGCUGCAUUCAUUGCUAUGCAGUCACGAUGCGGACCCCCGCUACACAGACCCUCAGGUCCGCUCUCACAUCGCCCAACUCUACCUGCCACUCAUCCCCAUCGUCAUGGAAACGCUGCCCCAGCUUCACGACUUCACAGACACGUCCGGUCAGCGCGUACGUCACGCCUUGGCGCUCGGAGACGAGAACGACCCAGACAACGGCACCAUCAGCCAGUCUGUUGCUAUGGCGAUAGCUGGCUCGCCACUCCCCCAUUCUAAAGUCAACUCUUUCGCUUUACCUACAGUGGCCGCUCGCCCUUGCAGCGGCCUCUCUGCAGAGUGCAGUAGGACUUUGCUGGUGUGUUUCCUGUGGGUGUGGAAGAACGCAGACGCGGGCCUGCUGGAGCGCUGGGUGUCGGACCUGUCGGUCCCUCAGAUCAACCGUUUGCUUGAUCUUUUGCACCUCUGUCUCUCCUGUUUCGAACACAAGGGAAAGAAAGCCCUGGAGCGGAUCAACAGUCUGACCUUUAAGAAAUCUCAGGACAUGAAGGCCCGUCUGGAGGAGGCCAUACUGGGCACCAUCGGAGCAAGACAGGAGAUGGUCCGUCGCUGCAGAGAGCGCAGUCCUUAUGGAGGUCAGGAGAACGUCCGCUGGAGGAAGAACGUCACCCACUGGAGACAGAAUGCAGACAGAGUGGACAAAAGCAAGGCAGAGGUGGAGCAAGAGUCUGUAGUGGAUGGAAACUUGGCGACCGAAGCUGCUCUAAUAGCGCUGGACACACUGGAGAUCAUAGUGAAAACGGUGGUGAUGUCAGAGCUGAAGGAGAGCGUGUUGGGUGGAGUGUUGAGAGUGCUGCUUCACAGUAUGGCAGGAAACCAGAGCGCCCUCUUCCUGCAGCACUGCUUUAGCACACAAAGAGCUUUGGUUUAUAAGUUUCCAGAGAUGUUGUUUGAUGAGGACACAGAGCUGUGUGCUGAUCUCUGUCUGCGGUUACUGCGUCACUGCAGCAGUAGCGUGAGUUCUGUACGCAGCCACGCCAGCGCCUCCCUUUACCUGCUCAUGAGACAGAACUUUGAGAUCGGCAACAAUUUUGCUCGUGUGAAGAUGCAGGUCACCAUGUCUCUGUCUUCACUCGUGGGAACCUCCCAGACCUUCAAUGAAGAGCACCUGCGUCGCUCUUUAAAGACCAUUCUCACAUACGCUGAGGAUGACCUGGAGCUCAGAGAUUCACCCUUUCCUGAGCAGGUCCAGGAUCUGGUCUUCAACUUGCACAUGAUUCUCACCGACACUGUGAAGAUGAAGGAACACCAGCAGGACCCAGAGAUGCUCCUAGACCUCAUGUACAGGAUUGCUAAAGGUUAUCAGAAUUCUCCAGAUUUGAGACUCACGUGGCUGCAGAACAUGGCAGGGAAGCACUCCGAGAGAGGGAAUCAUGCGGAGGCAGCGCACUGCCUGGUUCAUAGCGCCGCCCUGGUGGCCGAGUACCUCAACAUGCUUGAAGAUUGUCGCUACCUCCCAAUCGGCUGUGUGUCCUUUCAGAGUAUCUCAUCGAAUGUGCUGGAGGAGUCAGCGGUGUCUGAUGAUAUCCUAUCCCCAGAGGAGGAGGGCAUCUGUUCUGGGAAAUACUUUAGUGAGUCUGGACUCGUAGGGCUUUUGGAGCAAGCAGCUGCCUCUUUCAACAUGGCUGCCAUGUACGAGGCCAUAAAUGAGGUCUAUAAGAUCCUCUGUCCCAUUCACGAAGCCAACCGAGACUUUAAGAAGCUCGCCACCGUCCACGGCAAACUGCAGGAUGCCUUCAACAAAGUAUACAAUCAGAGUUCAGGAUGGGAGAGGAUGUUUGGCACCUACUUCCGCGUGGGCUUCUACGGAUGCCGCUUUGGAGAUCUGGAUGAGCAGGAGUUUGUUUAUAAAGAGCCUUCAAUCACUAAACUGGCCGAAAUCUCACACAGGCUGGAGGAGUUUUACUCGGAGCGAUUUGGUGACGAAGUGGUAGCGAUCAUCAAGGACUCCAGUCCUGUUGACAAGAACAAGCUGGACCCCAAUAAGGCAUACCUUCAGAUCACAUACGUGGAGCCCUUCUUUGACACAUAUGAGCUGAAGGAGCGCAUCACGUACUUCGACAAAAACUAUAACCUGCGCACCUUCAUGUACUGCACGCCGUUCACGCUGGAUGGUCGGGCACAUGGCGACCUGCACGAGCAGUACAAACGCAAGACCAUCCUGACCACCUCUCACGCCUUUCCCUACAUCAAAACCCGCAUCAACGUCAUCCACAAAGAGGAGAUCAUUCUGAUGCCCAUGGAGGUGGCGAUUGAGGACAUGCAGAAGAAAACACUGGAACUGGCCUUUGCCACCCAUCAGGAACCCGCUGACCCAAAGAUGCUUCAGAUGGUGCUUCAGGGUUCUGUGGGCACCACGGUUAAUCAGGGUCCGCUUGAGGUGGCUCAAGUCUUCCUGUCUGAAAUUCCAGAGGACCCCAAACUAUUCCGGCAUCACAACAAAUUGCGUCUCUGCUUCAAAGACUUUACCAAAAGGUGUGAGGAUGCUCUGAGGAAGAACAAGUCUUUGAUCGGUCCAGAUCAGAAGGAAUACCACAGAGAGCUGGACCGCAACUACACUAAACUGAAAGAAGCUCUGUUUCCUCUUAUCAACCGCAAGAUCCCUCAACUUUACAGACCCCUGCCUCUGCCAACCCCACCAACACAGAGGAACUCUCUCAGCCGAUCCAGUUUUCGGCGGGUGGAGUGCUGAGGUGUGGCGGAGCUGAGCGCGGGUGGACGUGAAGCCAGACGUGAUCUCUCGCUUCACCAUGUCACCCCCCAAACCACACACUAACAAACUGCACAUUCCUCUCAUGCACAAGCCCUCAUGAGCCAUUCUCUCCAGCUUUCUCUCCUCCUGGUCAGUUAAAAGAGCUGGAGUGUGUUUAUUCUGAGAGGUUAUCUGCUAUAAACACAGUCAUUAUGAGCUUCAUGGGCAAAGCAGCUUAGUCAUUAGUAGGGAAGAAGGUUCUUACUCAACAUCGGAGGUAAUUUUAGAUUCUGGCCAUUCAGAUACUCCUCUGUACUUCCUCUUGUUCGCUUGUGUUGUCUUUCUCGAUCUCGUGUGUUUGUGUGAGUGCAAGAGGAGAAACGGCAACGGUUCGUCCAGGCGUUUUUGUGUACAUUGCGUUGUCGCAGAAAUCCUUGUAAUGCUGCCAUGAUUUAUUAUGCACUCGGUGGAUUAAACCGUUGUCUUUUUGAAGGCUGACCUCUGACAUGCAAGACCCACAGACUGGCUCGGUUUGAUAUGACACAUUUAAUCCACUCAUCUGUGAAGAAUAGCAUCCUUCUUUGUGCUGACUGUUUUUCAAACUUAUUCUGCUGUUGGCUCAAGUAUUGUGAGGUUAAGCGAAAUGCUGGAUUUCUUUCAUGACUGUAGAGACCCCUGAAUCAUUCUUUUGGGCUUUAUGCUGCAUUAGGCAUUAAUAUAGUCAUUAACUGUGGAAAAGUUUCCAAAGCGCACUAACAGAAGAUUACACUAACUUUCUGCACUGACUGCUAUGAAUUUUGUCUGCAACUGCUGCACAGAAUCAGACUUUCAGACACAAAUAUGUUUUACGUUAAAUGUACAGAAAUGUUGUGUAUACUAUUUACUGUUAUGCACAAGUAUUGAAUCUGGAAGAAGAAAAGGGAUCUGAGCAUCCUGUGAAAAGGAACAUAAGGAAGAUUUGUUUUUUGAAUGUAGCUACUGUCUAAAAAGAGCAAUACUUGUAUUUACCUGUCUACUGUAGAUGGACUGCUGUGUUAAUCUCUCUUGCACUGUUUUAAUGAUUUUUUUGUGAACUCUACUGCCUGUCUUGGCACUAUACUGUGCAAAUUGCUGGUCUAAAUACUGUAUUUUUAAUAACCAGAUUGUUUUUAUUUAUUCAUGUAUUUUUGUCUCUUUUCUACAUUUACAUUUUGUAUUAAAAGAAAUUCUUCCUAAAUGUGUGUUUUCAAUAGCAGCAGAGUAGUUUUGCAAAUUGUAAAAAUGCAGAUUUCAUUCUUAUUAUUUUUUUUAUAUUCAAUUGAAAUGUUUUGCAUCAGGUUGUAUUUUCCUGUAGUUAAUGCAUUAGCUAACUUUAACAAUGAGCAAUACAUUACAGCAUUUAAAGAUUUGAGCAAAAGUUGUAAUUGUUAACAGUAAACUGAAUUAACAUCAACUGUAUAACAUUAAUUACAUAAAAAAGAUGA